CUAUGAGCUUGCAGGGGGGUGAUGAAAGUAUAGCUCAGCAGCAGCUCAAACAGACCAAGACUCAGCAGCAGCAGUUUAAAGGGACUAUGGUUCCAUUCAGAGAUGUCUUAGCUCAGACUCCAUCAUCCACAUCCAUGUGUGAGAAGCUUCAAACUGAGUCUAGUGCAAUCAUUCCAUAUCUAUUAUAAUAUCUGUGUGAUAUGAUUGUUACAGAAUUAGUUAGAAGUUAGUUAGAGUUAGUGUAGUUAGAGUUAGUGUUAACUCAUCAUAGUUAGUCUUAAGUUUCAGAGGUUAGGUUGUUGUAUAUAUAUACUACAUAUUGAUCUGUAAAAGAAUAAGAUAAGAGAGAUUUCAAAUCUUCUUUAAAAAUUCCAAUGAUACCAAGCACAUUUUUAAAGUUUUCUAAGAGAAGACUCUACUUUACUUAUAUAUUAAGGGUGUUUGGUACAACUGUUAAAAUAGAUUAUAGAUUAUAAUUUAAUAUAUUAUAGAUUAUAGCUUUAAUAAGAUGUUAUAUAUUAAUCUGUUUGGCGGAGCUGCUGGAUUAUAGAUUUAAAUUGUUGAGUAGUAUUUGAUAGAUAAGUUAUGAAAUAGCUUUUUGAAUUAACUUUUAUUUUUUGUUAUUCACGACUAGUCCAAAUUUCCCAUUAAAAAAAAAAAAAAUUUAUAGUCCAUUUGGAUCUUUUUUAUUUUUUAAAAAUUAAGAUGUCCACAAUAAAAGCUGAUAAUCAGAAGUAGGGGUAGAUAGCUUAUCGAAUCAAUUUUUUUGAGUUAAAAUAAGUUGCUAGAAUAAAAAACUGUUUGAAAUAAGUUCAAUCAAACAGUCCAAAAUAGCUUUUUCAAAACUAAGGGGGCGUUUGGCAUAACCUAUAUAAGUACACUUAUUUGAGUUACAUCACCUCUCUAAUUUUCUGUACAUCUUUUCGUAAAAAAUUAAAAAAUAUAUUUAUUUAGAUCAUUCUAAAUACCUCCUAAAUUUAUUAGUUAGCCAAAAUAAACCAACACCAAACAUCCCCAUUAUAUGAUUAGUGGCCAACCUCACAUUUGCAGUAAGGAGCCCAAAGAGUAGGAAUGCUUAUUGAACAAUACAAGCAAUGAACCAUUCAAAAGUACUAUGGACUGUUUACAAGGGACUCAUCACAUCAUCAUUGAAACAGUCAACAUAAGAUCAUGAAUAGUUUUGAGGAUGAGACAUAUAUCCAAUGAUUGAAGGGUGGUGCCAAUAGGAGGAGUAGUAGUGUCAUGACAUUUGGUUCUCCCUAACCUAUACUAUUGUCAAUUUUUGUUUUUAAAAACACUUUCAGCAUACCCUUUUGAUGCUUUCUUCACCAAGUUUUCUCCUUGGUUUUUUUAUAGUAGCCGGCCCAUCUUACAUAUUUUCAUUUAUGUACACACAUACAAUAUGUUAUAAAUCUCCCCAAAAACAGUGUUCAUGCACUUGUUUCGCGAAGCAUUUUUUGUGUUUUUGGCAGCAAAGUUCUGCCAUGGUAGCGGGGGCUAAUGGAGAUCGGUCGCUGAAGGAGACACCAACAUGGGCGGUUGCACUUGUUUCUGCAGUUUUUGUGAUCAUUUCUGUUCUUAUUGAACAUGGGAUUCAUUCUCUUGAAAAGUGGUUUCGGAAGGGCCAGAAGAAGGCCAUGAUUGAGGCUUUGGAGAAGAUUAAAGCCGAAUUGAUGCUUCUAGGAUUCAUAUCCCUACUGAUCACAGUAGGUACAAGCCUUGUGUCUAAGAUAUGUAUUCCUUCCAAAGCUGGAAAUAUCAUGCUCCCUUGUAAGCAGCAGAACUCCAACAACAAGCUUUCUCACGCAUCAAUAAAGUUGUUUGCCGGAGAUACUGCCAUUCGGCGGCGAGUUCUAGCUCCAGCUAGUGGUGCUAAUGCUGGUCAAGACUACUGCUCUCAAUAUGGGAAAGUGUCGUUGAUAUCUCAGUCAGGGGUGCACCAAUUGCACAUUUUCAUAUUUGUGCUUGCCAUUUUCCAUGUUCUGUAUAGUGUGAUCACCAUGGCUCUAGCACAGGCCAAAGUGAAGAAAUGGAAAGCAUGGGAGCAAGAAACCAAUUCAUUGGAAUAUCAAUUUAAUAAUGACCCUGCAAGGUUCAGGUUCGCUCAUCAGACUUCCUUUGUUAGGCAGCACAGUGGCUUCUCCACAAUGCCUGGUCUCAGAUGGGUUGUGGCUUUCUUUGGGCAAUUCUUUGCGUCAGUAACAAAAGUGGACUAUCUGACUAUGCGACACGGAUUCAUUAACGCUCAUUUUGCUUCAAAUACCAAAUUUGACUUCCACAAGUACAUCAAAAGAUCUAUGGAAGAUGAUUUCAAAGUGGUUGUUGGUAUCAGUGUACCACUUUGGAUAUUUGCAGUCAUCUUUCAGCUAUUAAAUGUCUAUAGAUGGUAUACACUUUUCGCGGUAUCAUUCUUGCCACCAGCAAUACUGUUGUUAGUUGGUACAAAGCUUGAGAUCAUAAUAAUGGAAAUGGCUCAGCAAAUCCAAGAAAGAACAACCAUUGUGGAGGGAGUUCCAGUUGUAGAGCCUAGUAACAAGUACUUUUGGUUCAAUCGACCCGAAUUGAUUCUGUUGUUGAUUCAUUUUACCUUGUUCCAGAAUGCAUUCCAGAUGGCCUACUUUCUGUGGACAUGGUUUGAGUUUGGGAUAACAUCAUGCUUUCAUGAAAACUUGCCAGUCAUUUUAGCCAAGGUUAUACUUGGAGUAGCAUUUCAAGUUUUAUGUAGCUACAUCACCUUCCCUCUCUAUGCCUUGGUCACCCAAAUGGGAUCUCACAUGAAGAAAGCAAUCUUUGAAGAACAGACAGCCAAAGCUCUAAAGAAAUGGCAGAAGGCAGCAAGGGAGAGGAAGAAGUUGAGGAAUAAAGCAGCAGAAGCAGAUGCAUCAUCAUCUGGGUUCACCAGUGUGGAUGCAACUCCGAGCCGUGGCUCAUCACCCAUUCAUUUGCUUCACAAGUUCAGAAACAAGAAGUCCAGUCCAGAUACCGAAAGCAUAAUAGUCAACUCUCCUCCUAAAGCUUACUACUCUGAAACUGAGAUAUCAGAGGUUGAAGAAGAAGAAGAAGAAGAAGAAGCUCCUCCUUCUGCACUUGUUUCCAGUGAUCAUGAUCAUCAUGAAACAAUACCCAAAUAUCAUUACAAUGCAGUUAGAGAUCACGAGGCUCGUCGCGAUGAUUUCUCCUUCAGUCUGCCUUAGAACUUGGCUUCUUGAUUUACUUACUUUGUCUCUGCUAAUUAAAAGUUGAUCAUCUAAAGAGUUGUUGUAAUCAAAUCUAAUCAUAAUUUUAUUUUAUUUUUGUAAACGAUUAAUACCACGGUCAAGAGAAUUAGAGAAGGAAAAGUUGCACACACAACUGUAAAAUUGGAAUCCAAACAUUACAUCUGAUGAGAGAACAUUCAGCCCUUGCUCUUAUGCCACAUGUCAUAAAAUGGUACAUUUGUUCUAA